AUGGCAUCUUCGAACUCAUCAGGACCUUCGUGUCGCGACCUGGACAACACUUUACGUAUUGAUGCUGGUUCGUGCCGCGGAGGCUUCGACUUCUCCCUCCUUUUUGAAGAAACUAUUCUGGGUAUUCUCCCUAUUGCUUUAAUCUUAAUUCUGGUUCCCUUCCGUCUGGCGCAACUUGCACAAAAACGUCGCAAGGUCGAAGGGUCAUCGCUCUCUCUCUUUAAACUGACUACCUGGGUGUUCUUUACUGGACUUCAAAUCGCACUGACUGCCCUCUGGGCUCUUCCCUCUGCCGAUGGAACGAGUGCCUCAAUAGCGACCAAUGCCGUUUUGGCGGUAGGGGCUCUGUUCCUUAUUCUGCUGUCCUACGCGGAACAUACGCGCUCUGUCAAACCAUCCCUCAUUCUGAACGCCUACCUGCUUAUCAGUAUCCUUUUCGAUAUCGCCAAAGUCAGAACUCUCUGGCUCCGUUCUAUCAACAGCUUCAAUGAUGGAAUUGCAAUUGUCACUACUGUCUCCCUCGGUGCGAAAUUGAUGCUCGCGUUUCUUGAGGCCAUUGAGAAGCGGAACAUCUUGAAACAUGAAUUCGCUGAUUACCCGCCGGAAGCUACCGCUGGCUUUUAUAACAAAGCGACAUUCUGGUGGUUAAACCCUCUAUUCAAGAAUGGUUUCAGCAACACUCUGUCCGUCGAAGAUCUCUCUGUUUUAGACAAGGAACUCAGUUCCGAACGACUAUUGGCAUUGUUCGAGGAGCGAUGGAGCAAAGUGAAAUCCAAGUCACCAAACACACUCCAAUUCGAGUCCUUCAAGGCUACCAAGGCCCCCCUCCUGGCCGCCAUACCCGCCAGGGCCUGCGUCGUGGCUUUCAAUGUCUGUCAGCCUCUGCUCUUGGCACGAUCGAUUUCCUAUUUCAGCGAGCCUGUUAACGGUGCCACCAACAAUGUCGGCUAUGGACUCAUCGGUGCUUAUAUCCUCGUAUACACUGGUUUGGCGGUCGCAAUGGGCCAAUACCAGCACAACACAUACCGGGGUAUAACUAUGGUGCGGGGAAUUCUCGUCACCAUGCUUUACAAGAAAGCCAGCUGCCUGAGUCUCAACGAGGCCGGUUCGGCCAACUCUCUAACACUCAUGAGCGCCGAUGUGGAAAGAAUUACUCAAGGAUGGCAAACAAUGCAUGAGAUUUGGGCCAAUGGUAUCGAGAUUGCUCUGGCUGUAUAUCUACUCGAGAUUCAACUUGGAAUCUCCUGCAUCGUUCCAGCUCAGUGGCUUGAAGCCAUUGAAAGGCGGAUUACUUGCACUUCUACCAUGCUGGGAUCCAUCAAGGGAGUGAAGAUGCUCGGACUUCAAAACACUCUCAUGAAUUUUGUUCACGGUCUUCGCAUUGAUGAGUUGAACAUCUCCAAGAAAUUUCGUACCCUGCUCGUUUGGAAUAUGGGUUUCGCAUGGAUGACUCGCAUCUUCGCCCCGAUUUUUACCUUCGGUGUUUAUGUCGCCAUCUCCGACCAGACUCUGGAUGUCACCAAAGUCUUCACAUCGCUUUCGCUUUUCUCACUUCUGUCUGACCCCCUCCUCACCCUCGUCAUGGCUCUGAUGUCUUUCUUCGGGGCAGUCGGUUCCUUCGCUCGGAUUCAAGAGUUCUUGGACAAAGAGGACCACGCGGACAAGCGACUCAACACUCCCCAGAUGCCUUCGCUUGAGGAUCUUGGUGAGGCAAAGCUUCUCUCUAAGUCUGGCGACCUGGACUUGGCCUCUAGUAACUCCGCCUCUGUUGAGUCACUGAAACGUGGCUCCACAUCCAGCACCUCGACCAAUGCUGCCAUGAUUCAAAACGGCACUUUCGCGUGGGAGGCCGACAAGGAAGCUCUGCUAAAGGAUAUUACACUCACUGUGCCCCGUGGCAGCUUCACUAUGCUCAUCGGACCAUCUGGAUGCGGUAAAUCGACUCUCCUCAAGGCCCUUCUCGGAGAGAUCUCCCCGAUUCAGGGUAAGGUUGAGCUGAAUUCAGCAAGCGUGGCAUUUUGUGAUCAGACACCAUGGCAUAUGAAUGGUACCAUCAAGGACAGUAUCGUUGCCAUGUCGGACUAUGACCCUAAGUGGUAUGCCUCUGUUAUCCAGGCAUGUGCCUUGGAGGAGGACCUUGGUCAAUUCCCUCGCGGUGAUCGCAGUGUCAUCGGCAGCAAAGGUAUUGCACUGAGUGGUGGCCAGAGCCAGCGCAUUUCUCUCGCUCGCGCGGUAUACGCUAGACGCAAGAUCAUCAUUCUGGACGAUGCUUUGAGCGGAUUGGACGCGACUACCGAGAACCACAUCUUCCACAGCCUUUUUGGUGACCUUGGACUCCUCCGAGAAAUCGGAACCUCUAUUAUCGUUGCCUCAUCGGCUGUGAAGCGCCUACCAUACGCCGAUCACAUCGUUGUAUUGGAAUCAUCUGGUCGAAUCUCUGAACAAGGACCUUUUAGUGCUCUCAACAAGACCGGUGGCUACGUUGCAAGCUUUGGACUAGGUACCCCGGACUGGGACUACAAGCCCAAGCGCUUCUCUGCCUCACCAAGCUACAGCACCAUCGACUCUGUUGAGAAAGAGAAGGAAGACCCGGAACCCGAACCAAUUCAACGCGAUAUGGGUGGUGAUCUUUCCAUCUACACCUACUACAUCCAAGCAAUCGGUUGGCUUCCUGCGCUUAUUUUCGGUAUUUCUAUGGCUGGAUUUGUCUUCUGUCUUUCAUUCCCCAGUAUCUGGCUGAAGUGGUGGGCUCUUGCCGAGAUGGCCGAGCCCAAGAAGCACAUCGGUCACUAUCUUGGUAUCUACGUGAUGCUCGGCUGUAUCGCCAUGCUGACCCUCAUCGCUGGCUGCUGGCAAAUGAUUAUCACCAUGGUACCAAAGUCUGGAGAAAGCUUCCACCGCAGGCUUCUAUCCACAGUUCUCAGUGCUCCAAUGCUCUUCUUCUCCGCAACUGACAGCGGUAACAUUCUUAACCGUUUCAGUCAAGAUUUGCAGCUCAUUGAUAUGGAGCUUCCCAUCGCCGCCAUCAACACUGUUGUCACAUUUUUCCUGUGUCUGGCUCAGAUGGCACUCAUCGGAGUUGGCUCUAAAUACGCUGCCAUUUCGUUUCCAUUCGUGCUUGGUGUCUUGUUCCUCGUUCAAAAGCUGUAUUUGCGCACUUCGCGUCAAAUUCGUUUCCUGGAUCUCGAGGCCAAGGCCCCUCUCUAUUCUCACUUUACUGAUUGCCUUCAAGGACUGGGUACGCUCCGAGCCUUUGGCUGGCAACACGGAAUGGAAAAGAAGAAUCUCGAGCUUCUGGACUACUCCCAACGACCAUUCUACUACAUGUUCGCUAUUCAGCGCUGGUUGACUCUGUCACUUGAUCUGAUUGUCGCUGGUAUUGCAGUUCUCCUGAUUGUUCUCGUUGUGGCCCUUCGUGGGACAAGCCUGGGUGCUGGCUCUGUUGGCGUUGCCCUGCUGAACGUCAUCCAGUUCAGCCAGAGCAUCAAGCUUAUGGUUACUUUCUGGACCAACUUGGAAACCCAUAUUGGUUCUGUCCUACGUGUGAAGGAAUUCUCGCAGGGUGUCGAAUCGGAAGAUCAGCCUGGUGAAGACGGCGAAAUCCCUCCUAACUGGCCAUCAAACGGCGCCGUGACCUUCCACUCGGUUUCCGCAGCCUACAGACCCUCUGAACCAGUGCUCAGCGAAGUUUCCUUGGCUGUGAAAGCAGGCGAGAAGGUCGGCAUCUGCGGCCGGACUGGCAGUGGUAAAACGUCAAUGAUUAUGAGCAUCUUCCGCAUGAUUGAGCUGACCGGUGGAACCAUCACGGUGGAUGGCAUCGAUAUCACCCGUCUACCAAGACGGGAAAUUCGUUCUCGCAUCAAUGGAGUCUCACAAGACUCACUCCUCUUCAAGGGGAGUGUCCGGACAAAUGCCGACCCAACAGGAGUCUGCACAGACAAGGACAUCCUGAACGCUUUGCGAAGCGUACAGCUCCUCCCAGCCAUCCAAGAAAAGGGGGAUCUCAACACCGACAUCGACGAGAUCCACCUGUCUCAUGGUCAGCGUCAGCUCUUCUGUCUUGCGCGCGCUCUUCUCCGACAGGGCAACAUCCUCAUCCUCGACGAAGCAACCAGCAAUAUUGACACCAAGACUGACGAAAUCAUGCAACGCGUCAUCCGCGAGAAGUUCUGCACCCACACUAUUAUCUCAGUGGCGCAUAAGCUUGACACGAUUCUCGACUAUGACCGUGUAGUUGUUCUGGACGCCGGUCAAAUCGUCGAAACAGGCGAGCCGUACGCCCUCCUAACAGAGCCCAAGUCUCACUUCAGUAAACUCUACUCGAACUCCAUGGCGACCGAGGACACGGACUGA